UGGAUAAGAAAUCAUCUCCAUCCACAGGAAGCCUGGAUUCUGGAAAUGAGUCAAAAGAUAAAUUAUUGAAAGGAGAAAGCGCGCUGCAGCGAGUCCAGUGUAUUCCUGGCAAUGCUAGCUGCUGUGACUGUGGUCUGGCGGAUCCACGGUGGGCCAGCAUCAACCUGGGCAUCACCCUGUGUAUCGAGUGUUCUGGGAUUCACCGGAGUCUUGGAGUUCAUUUUUCAAAAGUACGAUCUUUAACUUUAGACACCUGGGAGCCUGAACUUUUAAAGCUUAUGUGUGAGUUGGGAAAUGAUGUUAUAAAUCAAGUUUAUGAAGCUAAAGUGGAAAAAAUGGGAAUAAAGAAACCACAACCAGGACAAAGGCAGGAGAAGGAGGCAUAUAUCAAAGCAAAAUAUGUGGAGAGGAAAUUUGUGGAUAAGUAUUCUGUAUCAUCAUCACCUUCUGAGCAGGAAAAAAGGAUGAUCUCCAAAAGUUGUGAAGAAAAGAGGCUGAGCAUUUCUAAACUUGGGCCCAGUGACCAAGUCAGAGUGCCUCCCCAAAGUUCAGUGGUUGCUGUAAAUAGCGACGAGGCCAGGCGGGAGUCUCUGUUCUGUCCUGAUGAGCUAGAUUCACUCUUCUCCUACUUUGAUACUUCUUCAAAACUACGUAGUAUCAAAAGUAAUGAUAGUGGAAUCCAGCAGAGCUCUGAUGAUGGAAGAGAAUCUUUACCCUCCACAGUGUCUGCCAAUAGUUUAUAUGAGCCUGAGGGAGAAAGGCAAGAUUCUUCUGUGUUUCUCGACUCUAAACAUCUUAACCCAGGACUCCAGCUUUAUAGGGCUUCAUAUGAAAAAAAUCUUCCUAAAAUGGCUGAGGCUUUGGCUCAUGGUGCAGAUGUGAACUGGGCUAAUUCAGAGGAAAAUAAAGCAACACCACUUAUUCAGGCUGUAUUAGGGGGUUCUUUGGUGACCUGCGAGUUUCUUCUACAGAAUGGUGCUAACGUGAACCAGAGAGAUGUGCAGGGGCGGGGCCCUCUGCACCAUGCCACUGUCUUGGGACAUACAGGGCAGGUAUGUUUAUUUCUAAAACGAGGUGCCAAUCAACACGCCACUGAUGAAGAAGGGAAGGACCCUUUGACCAUCGCUGUGGAAGCAGCCAAUGCCGAUAUAGUGACCUUAGCCCCUGACCAGGUUGUCUUCCAUGAUGUUGGCGUGCUGACGGACAAGCUCUUCCCGGUGGUGGAGGCCAUGCAGAAGCACUUCAGUGCUGGCUCAGGGACCUACUACAGUGACUCCAUCUUCUUCCUCUCGGUCGCCAUGCAUCAGAUUAUGCCCAAAGGUAACCUGGAUGCGGGCCAGUAG